UUUCGGAAGUGGGAGGCGGCAGUGCGCCGGGAUGAUGGGCGCCAGGGUGACCCGCGUGUUCAGCAAGUUCAACCUGGAGAGCCGAGCCCACCGGGAAAUCGCCAAAGCCAAGCCCGCGCCAGCCCCGCGGCACCCGCAGCCUGCUGACCGUGAGUUGGCCAAGGCAAGGCGCGGCGCGCACAGCCGCUCCGCUUAAGCAAGGGGGCUGGGUGCCUGAGCCGCCCUGUGGCGCCUUUGCUCGGCUGCUCGGACCAUUUGCAGCAAAAGGGAAUCCUUUUCCGUGCUGGGGGCCUUUCUUGCAAGGGGCGCAGACGCAGCGCCCAAGGAAGGGCCCUGGUGACAUUGGGAGCGCCGUCUCUCGCGCUCUGGACGUUUGGAAGUGGCUUGCGCGCGCGGCCCUUUGCCCUCCCAGCUGUAUUCCCGCGGCCUACCGGCCUGAUUUGCAAGCUGGGAGCUGUAGUCUCCCUGGACUGGUGGAGGAAACCAGCAGGAUGUUUUUUUAAAUGUUUGCCAGCCUACAAUUCCCAUCAGCCCCAGCCGCCACGGCCAGCGAUCGGGGAGUGAUGGGAGCUGUAGUGCAUGAACGUCUGCAGAGCCGCGUGUUCCCAGGCAGUAAGGAAGGCAACUGGGAACGCCAAUGUAGACAUCUGUCAAGUGUUUUGCUGGGUUUCUUAACCAUCUGUUAUUCGAAGCUUUGCCCACUCCCUCCUGAUUUCUGUUCAUCAUGAACUUAAAUUAAAACAACGGGAGUGCAGAUCAAAUAUUUGCCGGUUUUGCGAUGAAUCCUGUUAAGAUAGGGAAGGUAGGAAUUUCUGGUCCGCUAUCAGUAAUUUAUUUUAUUCCAUUUUUAACAUGGCGAACUCUUAGUGUCUAUGAGAGUAUCUGUGGGUACUAGCUUACUUAGCCAGGAUGCAUGCCCUCUUCCUGAGAGCCCCUUAAAACAGUAAAUUGUGAUUGCAGAGGAUGCCUCCCUAUUUGCCAGUGUGGGAUAGUGGAUAGAGUGUCAGACUGAUGAAAUCCAGGUUCAUAUCCCCACCUAGCAUGAAUAUAUGGUUCUUCAGAUGCUGUUGGCCUAUUCAGUGUGGCCAAUGUCCAGGGAUUAUUGGAGUUGUAGUCUUGACAAUCGCAUGUUCCUCACCCUUACUGUAAACAAUAGAACACUGGCCUGGAUGAACUGUUAGUAAUCUUGCGCAUUAGUGAGAAAACGGGGGAGAGAGAAAUGGUAGCUUCAAAGCUAGUGCCAAAGCAUUUUUCCUGAAGUGUACAGGAAUAUAUACAUGUGUGUGUUGUGAAAGUAGGUGUGUAUUAAUUCAGGCGUAUCCUUACAUGCAUUAUGAACUACUCUCCUGAGGGUUGUAAUAUUUUGCUUAAGCUGGGGUGGAGGGGAAUUGAAAUAUAUAACUUCAGAAUGUGUUCUGUAAUCUCUCCUUAGACACCGACAGAUUCCAAGAAGAGAUUAAGAGAAAAGAUGACCACCUUCACACAUUAUUAAAGGAAGUCUAUGUUGAGUCCAAAGAUCCAGUUAUGCAUGUGAGUCAGGUUAUCUUGGAAUAUGCAGGUGCCAGUUAAGCACUUUAACACACCAGUGACAAGCAUAGUCAUAGUUUUUGUCCAUGUAAAGUUAGGUCUCAUUUAGCUCUCUUGGAUUGUGUGUGUACAUAUUUUAAUCUCAUUAUCAAUGCAGACAAAUUAUAAUUAUUAUAUAAAUGCAGGAAUCACAUUUGCAUCUGUCUAGAUCAGGGGUCAGCAAGGUUUAUCUUGCCUGGGCCGGAUCAGUCCCAUGGAGAUUUCUCCAUGGGCAGGAUUGCCCGCCCGCCCGUGAUUUUCAGUGUCUGCGCAUGCGCAGACAUGAUUUUCAGCGCUGUGGAAGCGAGUCCCCGCACCGCGCUGCGCCAGUUUAGCGCAGCACACAAAUGGGCAGCUCAGUUUGGGGGUAGCUCGUGCGCCGGUUGAAUGACCUCCGCAGGUAGCUUCCGGCCCAUGGGCCUUAGGUUGCUGACCUCUGAUCUAGAUAUAUUCCACGGGCCUCCCGAAUAGCUCCCUAUUUUACUUAAUUUGCUAUUACUUGUGUUUUAUAGUUCCCUUCGCCAUUCAUUUUGGUGUUCCUUAAAAAAAAAUUCUUAUAUGCUAAGCCCAGGUAUAAACCAGAUAUUAUUUAAUAUUCUCCAGUGUAUUUUAGGAUAGAAAGAUAGAGCAGAAUCCUGUGCUAUUUCCAUGGGAAGAAGGUACUCUGGUUCUGGAUUUUCUGGUUUGCAAUGAUACACUUAAUGAUACAAUACCAAUUGAGUUUAAUGGGCCUUAUUUUUGAUUUAAUAUGCAUAAGGUGGCACUGUCAAUAUGCCAUAGUUCCUAGAUGAAUCUAUCUGAGAUUUCUCAGGCUGCAAUCCCAAACAUACUUAAUAGGAAGGACUUAAUUGCAAGUGAGCAUGUUUAGGUAAUGGGUGAGUAUCACAAUCCUGUACACGUUUAUUCAGUGGCAUUCUGUGUUCAGUAGGGUUUACUGACCCAAGUGUGUAUUGGUUGGAAGGCUGGGGCUUGCAUGUGAAAUGAGAAAUUGCGUGGAGAAAGGAAUCCCAUGCUUUUAGGCUUAUUUUAAUACUGUAGUGUGCUUAGUGGGAAUAAUAUUUUUUCAGGAUCUGUAGUGAAGAUAGGGAAAGAGUGAACUCCAAAGUUGGUGGGCUCCAGCUCCAUAAAUCCAAGCCAGCAUGGACAAUGGUCAGGGAUUAUGAUAACUGUGGUCCCUCCAGAUGUUAUUGGGCCACAGGUUGGUUAGCCACCCCUGGUUGAGACUGACAGGCAACCACUCUGCAGGGUUUCAGGCAGAACUCAUUCGCAGUCUCUGCCAUUCUACCUGGGAUAAUCAGUAAAAACCAUAUCCUCUGUCACAGCAUUUUUUCAUAACAGUGUAGUGGGGUAGGAGAGCUGAAAAUAAUGCAAAUAUAUUUCACAUCUGGCAACCAAUGCACCCCUUGGGUUUCAGAUAGUACAUGGGUAGACGAGUCUAAAAAGCCCAGGACACAAAUUUUCAUGGCCCUCAUUUACCAGGAGUAAUGUUAUUUAGCAUUAACUCUGGAAGUGUAUCCUCGAUUCUGUCCAAACUAAGCCUCCCAGAGCAAAACGUCUCCUAUGAGCUAACAGAAUCCUGAGCAGCCAUUGAAAGCUAUUAAAAUCUGAAGAAAACUCCUUUCUGCCUGGCCCAUGAAGGUCAUCAAAUCAGGCACCAGGCAAGCUAAAUAGAGAAGGUUAAUUCCUCAGUUAAGUCCCGCUUUCAGAAAAGAAAUGGGUUUAGAAUGUUUUAGUUACAUUCUGUUGAAAGGGGGAGUGUUAAAAGGCAGGGGUAGGCCACGUGGGGCCUUCCAGACAUGGACUGCAGCUCUCAUUAGCCCCAGCCAGCAUUGCCAGUGGCCAGGGAUGAUGGGAGUUGUAGUCCAAAGUUCCCAUGUUGCCUACCCCUACCUUAACGGAUGGAGCACGUGUAGCUUGUACACUGAAACCUAACUAUUUUUUAUAUAAUUUCCCCCGCUCUAGGUGAAAAACAAAGGAGAAAGCCUUCCUUCUAAGCGAGAGGAACGCAGACUUACAAAAGUAGGCAAUCUUGCUCCCCUGGAUAUUCAGUCUGUUCCUAGAGGCAAAGUCGCCAUAGUUGAAGUCUUGACCAUUCUCCAUAAUCAUCUCCACUCUCCGGAAACGUGGACUGCAGAGAAAAUAGCAAAGGAAUACUCAUUAGAAUUGAAGGAUGUGACUGAUCUCUUAGCAUUCUUCAUCCCAUUUGCGUUGGAGAUCUUUCCUCCUCAAGACAAAAAGCAGCUAAAGCCUAGAUAAGAAUGUCUGCCAAAUCUUGACUGACCAAGCUGGUGUCUUCUUAAUACAUCACAUCUGAUUCCCUCUCCACACAUACACGCACACAACACCUAUAAACUGUGUCUUAUUUAAACGGUAACUGCCUUUUCUCUCACUGUUGCAUUCAUGAACCAUCCAGGGCAUGCCGUUGUGAAGUAGGAGGCAAAAUAUCAACAAAAUCUGCAAAUACACCCUAAGAAUUCAAAAAUCGGAAAAUGUUGGCUGCGUGGGAGGUCAUCUUUUCUGAAGCAGUUGUCUGUUAUGCAGACCCCAGACAACAAAAAUGCAUUUUAUCUGGAUCUGAUCUUCUUUGGUCUGAGCUCUGCAGAAUGUCUUGCCCUCAUCGCAUUCUGUAAAUAGUUAUAAUUAAAGCAAAGCAGAGUUACAAUGUGUUUAUCUUCUGAGAAAUGAGUGUGUGUCUAGUUCCUGUGUCUGGUCAAAAGGGGAGGGGCAAAAGAGCAAAUGGGGGAAAUUGAGUUAGGGUAGGCAUUCUUUUAAUUUUGGCUUAAUUACGGAAGUUAGAAACAAAUGGUUUUGGAACCAAAAACAAUUUUGCUAUGUGUUACUGGCUGUAAUUCUUCGUAUGGAAGCCCUUGAUAGCUGUUGCUGCCUUUUUGUCUUUGAAUUCAUGCCUUUUUAUUAUUGGCCACAUACCCAUGAAGAGCUGUAUUGUCUGAACUUCUGUAUUUUGUUCUAAGCUGUACUGGAAAUCUAUAUUGAUUCAGAUGGAAUUGCAUUAGUUCCUGUUUUGUUGCCUGGCUCCGUUUCCUUUGUUUGGCUGUGGGUUACUAGGUAUAUUUAAUAUGCACCAGAAAAUUGACCCUAAAAUGACCAGCAGCCUUCCCUAUGCAUAAUUUUCCUUUAGAUGCUAAAAAAUGACAUGCCCCCUGGACCUUUUCACAAUUGCCUUAUAAAAAAAGUAAAAGGAAUACCAACAGCUUCAUCUUGGGAAGGCCCCUCUUCUGCAAAAGUAUUAAAGGUAGAGGAAGCCUAUGUUCUAUAUGGUGUUUACUUGUAAGUAAACAUCAUGGUUCCCAGCCUGGGCAUUUUCAUUGGUUUUACCUCUCCUUUAUGAAUGUGUCUCAACGAUGCAGUGGUACCUCAGGUUAAG